AUGGCCGAAUUUGAUGAUUUCGGAUUGUUGGCGCAGAUGGCACGUCGUGAGCUCAUUCACUUGCUUGAGCUGAUGCCCGAAAAAAAGGAUUUGGCCGUGGAGCCGUGUUUGAUGCGUCCACUGGACAAAAUUGCCUCCAUGUCAAUAUUGCAGGAGCAUAAUUGCGCUCACGUGGAACAGUUUUCCGAGCGCAUGAUUCUUACAUGGGGUGAGCAAUCUUCACGGCGUGUUUACAUUGUACGCCCGACAGUUGCUGCAACAAAACGUAUC